AUGACCUUUGGUUCAGAUGCCACCGCCCCGGCUGGCAGUGGCCUCGAUGCUGCGGCAGCGGCUGCCGCUGCCUCUGCUGCUGCCCCGUUGGCUACGCCCGCCAGCCCACCACCGGCAGCCGCUGUCAAGCACACCAACAAUAUACAGCAUGCGCCCGAGAUCCUGCAGCUCCGGGAGGCGUACAAUGUCAAGCGCCAUCGUGUGGCCGAUGACGAGGCGGCCUACGCCUUUGACCACGCCUGUCGCGUCAAUGCCACCCAGGCUGAACGUCUCGCAAACGACGUUUUGCUCCGCCUCAAGAAGGAGGACCAAGAGCUUGUCUUUGACGGGGCGGGUCUGCAAAUGGGCUACGGCAGCCAGGAGCACGCCCACUUCGCCGGCGACCACUACUUGACCAACGUGCCCCUCAUCCAAAAAACCAAGGUCCUGCAAGCCGCGCGCAAGAUGCCCAAAGGCGCCCACCUGCACAUCCACUACAACGCCUGCCUCGCGCCCACGGUGCUGCUCGGCCUGGCCGCGAAGAUGGACCGCAUGUUCAUCAUGAGCAGCAAGAAGCUCCUGUUUGGAAAGGAAGACCAGGAGACCGGCAAGAUGGACGGCAGCAUGGACGACAGCAACUUCUUUUUGAGUGCCAUCUCGUUCUCCAUUCUGGCACCGGAAAAGGAGAGACCGGGCAACUUGUUUUCGGACGAGUACAAAGAAAACCAGACCAUGCCGUUCCGCCAGUUCCUCGCCGAGUUUCCGGCCGACAAGAUUGGCAAAAGCGCCAUGGACUGGCUGGCGCACAAGCUCGUGUUCAGCGCCGAGGAGACGUACGACAUCCCGCAAACGGCGGCUGGCGCCUGGCAGCGGUUCAACGACCGCACGAAAAUGAUGAAGGGCCUGUUCAACUACGAGACCGCCUACCGCGAGUACACCAAGCUGUUCCUGCAGGACCUGCUCGACGACAACAUCCAGUAUGCCGAGAUCCGGCCCAACUUUAUGACCAACAACCAGCUGUGGAACGACGAGGGCACCAAGCAGGUCGACAACGCGGGCAUCGUGACGAUCAUCACGGACGCCUGCGACGAAUUUGUGGCGCGCAACGCCGCCAAUUUCAAGGCGGGCGUUGCCGGCGCCAAGAAGAACUUUGACGGCAUCAAGAUCAUCUACUGCACGCCGCGGUCGUUCCAGCGGACGCAAGUCCGGGCAGCGCUCGCCGAGUGCAUCGAGUUCAAGAAGCGCUGGCCCCAAUACAUUGCGGGCUUUGACCUGGUCGGCGAGGAAGGCCAAGGCGAGAGCCUCAACUUCUUCGUCUCCGAGUUCCUCGAGUUCAAGGAGAACUGCAAGGCCGAGGGCCUCGACAUUCCGUUCCUGUUCCACUGCGGCGAGACGCUCAGCAUCGGCACCUCGGUCGACGGCAACGUCGUGGACGCCCUGCUGCUCGGCGCCAAGCGCAUCGGCCACGGCUUUGCCCUCCCCCGCCACCCCGUCGUGCUGGAGCGGAUGAAGCAGCGCAACGUCUGCGUGGAGGUGUGCCCCAUCUCCAACGAGGUGCUGGGCCUGACGCCCCGCAUCAGCGGCCACGCCGUGUACGAUCUGCUGGCCCGCAACUUCCCCUGCACCGUCAACAGCGACAACGGCACCCUCUUCCAGUCGUCUCUCUCGCACGACUUUUACCAGGUCCUCGUCGGCAAGGCCGACAUGGGCCUGUACGGCUGGCGGCAGCUCGCCGAGUGGAGCUUGACCCACGCGUGCUUCACCACGCCCGACGACCUGGCCCGCGCCCGCGCCCACUGGCUCGACGAGUGGCAGGACUUUGUUGUUUGGCUGCUCCAGGAAUUUGACAGCGCGAACCCGGAGACGCAGGCCGUGCUGCGCGAGCUGGCCGGCGACAAGACGGGAGCCGCCAAGCCGGCUCCCGUUGAAGCGGACCGGAGCCGGCUAUGA